CUGACAAGAACCAAGAUUUCAUUGUCUUCUAUGGCCAACCACUUGCAGUUCGUCUUCUUCAUCUUGGCCUCGUUUGUUCUGUGUGUCAAAUCAAAUCAGGUUCCAGAGUCUUAUGUGGUGUACAUGGGGAGCAUUAAGGAAGAAACAAAUCCAGAAGCCAUACAAGCAGAUCACUUGCAAAUGCUAUCGUCCAUCAUUCCAAGUGAGGAGAAAGAAAGAGUAUCACUAAUACAAAGCUAUCAUCAUGCACUCCAGGGAUUCACAGCCAUGCUAACUGAAAAAGAAGCUACUCUAUUAUCUGGCCAUGAUGGAGUGUUAUCAGUGUUCCGGGAUCGAAUUCUUCAACUCCAUACUACACGUUCUUGGGAUUUCCUAGAAAAGGAAUCAGGUCUCCGAUCUGAGCGACUGAAGCAGAGAGCUUCAAGUGAUAUUAUAAUCGGCAUUGUCGACACGGGGAUUUGGCCAGAAUCACCCAGUUUCAGUGAUGCAGGAAUGGGGAAAAUCCCUUCUAGGUGGAAGGGGAUCUGUAUGGAAGGAUCUGACUUUAAAAAAUCCAACUGUAACAGGAAGCUUAUAGGGGCAAGAUUCUACAACAACCCACCUGAUUCAAUACAAUCACCAUCCAACAGCUCCCACAUCUAUGGUAUAACUUCCUUCGGAUCUCCAAGGGAUUCUGUAGGCCAUGGGACACAUACAUCAUCCACUGCUGCAGGCUCAACAGUAAUGAACGCUGGCUAUUAUGGCCUUGCACAAGGAGUAGCCAAGGGUGGUUCUCCUUCUAGUAGGCUUGCAAUGUACAAGGCAUGCUCGCUGGGAGGAUGUGCUAGCUCUGCUGUGCUAAAAGCCAUCGACGAUGCCAUUUACGAUGGAGUUGAUAUAAUCUCAAUAUCCAUAGGAAUGAGCUCUGCAUUCCAGUCGGACUUCCUGAGUGAUCCCAUAGCCAUUGGUGCCUUCCAUGCUAAUAAGAGGGGAAUUUUGGUUGUUUGUUCUGGUGGGAACGAUGGACCAGAUCCUUUUACUGUGGUCAAUUCAGCUCCGUGGAUCCUCACUGUCGCAGCUUCUAGCAUCGAUAGAAGUUUCCAGUCCAGCAUUGUUCUUGGCAAUGGAAUUGCUCUGAAAGGAUCUGCCAUAAACUUUUCCAACCUCAGUCGAUCAGAAUCAUUUCCACUCAUCUUCGGUGGGGAUGCAGCGGCGGAGUCCACUCCAGUAUCAGAAGCAAGCAAUUGCUAUCCUGGAUCAUUGGACACUGAAAAGGCUGCUGGAAAGAUAAUCAUAUGCGUUGACAGUGAUCCGACCGUGACGAGGCGAGUAAAGAAGUUGGUAGCUGAAGGGGCUCAAGCUGAGGGUUUGGUCCUAAUUGAUGAAGCUGAGAAAGGGGUGCCAUUUGAUUCUGGUAGCUACCCUUUCUCACAAGUUGGGAAUGACGCCGGAGUUCAGAUACUUAAGUACAUAAACUAUACCAAGAAGCCAACGGCUGUCAUUCUUCCAACAGAGGAUGUUGAGGGGUUUAAACCAGCACCAGUUGUCGCAUACUUCUCAGCCAGAGGUCCUGGAGGGCUCACAGAAGCCAUUCUAAAGCCUGAUCUGAUGGCUCCUGGAGUCGGCAUCGUUGCAGCAUCCAUUCCCACCGUUGACAUUGGAGACAUUCCUGCUGGAAAGAAGCCAUCAAACUUUGCCAUCAAGUCGGGAACCUCGAUGGCUUGCCCUCAUGUUGCCGGUGCUGCGGCUUUCAUAAAAUCAGCCCAUCCAAGAUGGUCUCCUUCCAUGAUAAGAUCAGCACUUAUGACAACAGCGACUACAACCAACAAUCUUGGAAAGCCACUGACAGCCCACUCAGGAGCCAACGCAAGUUAUCUUGACAUGGGGGCAGGAGAAGUAAGCCCACUAAGAGCGCUGAGCCCAGGCCUGGUCUUUGAGACCACAACAGAAGACUACUUGUAUUUCCUCUGCUACUAUGGCUACAAAGAUCAAGUCGUAAGGUCUCUCUCCGGCAACAAUUUUAGCUGCCCAGGUAACCAGCCCUCACCAGACCUCAUCUCCAGCCUCAACUACCCUUCCAUCUCCAUUGCCAGGCUCGACAGCAAACAAGCAGGGAGGACAGUCAGUAGGACCGUAACCAAUGUUGGACCAGCAAAUUCCACAUACUUUGCUACUGUCGAUGCACCAAGUGGAUUCAUGGUCAAGGUCUCACCUGAGAAGUUGGUUUUCACUAGGAGAUGGAUGAAGGCUUCCUAUGAGGUCACUUUUCAUGUUAAGGAUGCAACCAAGGGAUACGGAUUUGGAUCUGUGACAUGGUCUGAUGGAGCACACUCAGUUCGAACAGUUUUUGCUGUCCAUGUUGUGUGAUUUUUG